AUGCUCUCCGCCGCCGUCGGCAAAGCGGCGCUCUCGACCCGCAUGACCGUCACGGCCGUGCGCGCUGCCAGCUCGUUCCGCAUUGAAACGGACUCGAUCGGGGAGAUCCAAGUGGACGACUCCAAGUACUGGGGCGCGCAGACGCAGCGCAGCCUCGAGAACUUCCCCAUUGGCGGCGCCCGCGAGCGCAUGCCGCUGCCCGUGAUCAAAGCGUUCGGCGUCGUGAAGAAGUGUGCGGCCAAGUACAACCUCGAGAAGGGCAAGUUGAGUCCCGACGUGGCCGCCAAGAUCAUUGCCGCGGCGGACGACGUCAUUGCGGGGAAACUCGACGACCAUUUCCCGCUCGUGGUCUUCCAGACGGGCUCUGGCACGCAGUCGAACAUGAACACGAACGAGGUGAUCAGCAACCGGGCCAUUGAGCUGGCGGGAGGGGUCAUGGGCAGCAAGACGCCCGUGCACCCGAACGAUCACGUGAACAUGGGGCAGUCGUCGAACGACUCGUUCCCGACGGCCAUGCACAUUGCUGCCGUGCAGGAAGUCCAUCGCGUGUUGCUGCCUGGACUGCACAAGCUCCACGACGCGCUGGAGGCCAAAGUGCGCGAGUUUGACGACAUUAUCAAGAUUGGGCGCACGCACACGCAAGACGCGACGCCACUGACGCUCGGCCAAGAGUUUUCCGGCUACCGGGAACAAGUCGCACUCUCGAUUGAGCGCGUCGAGCGCAUCCUGCCGAACCUGUGCAAGCUCGCGCUUGGCGGCACGGCUGUGGGCACGGGCUUGAACACGGCCAAGGGCUACGACGCUGAAAUUGCGCAGAUCAUUGCACACGAGACCAAGUUGCCGUUCGUUACUGCUCCGAACAAGUUUGAGGCUCUUGCGGCGCACGACGCGGUCGUGGACGCCAGCGGCGUGAUGAACACCAUUGCUUGCUCGCUCAUGAAGAUCGCCAAUGACAUCCGAUUCCUCGGCUCGGGUCCGCGCAGUGGCCUGGGCGAGCUGACGCUGCCUGCGAACGAGCCUGGCUCGUCCAUCAUGCCUGGCAAGGUCAAUCCCACGCAGUGCGAGGCCAUUACGAUGGUGUGUGCCCAAGUCAUGGGCAACCAUGUCGCUGUGACGGUGGGUGGCUCGAACGGCCAUUUUGAGCUCAACGUCUUCAAGCCCGUGAUGAUCAGCAACUUGCUGUCUUCCAUCCGUCUCAUUGGCGACAGCUGCAACGCGUUCACGGACAACUGCGUGGUGGGCAUUGAAGCCAAUCGCGAGAAGAUUGACGAGCUCAUGAAGAACUCGCUCAUGCUUGUGACGGCGCUGAACCCGCACAUUGGCUACGACAAGGCCUCGAAAGUGGCCAAAAAGGCGCACCAGGAUGGCGCCACCUUGCGCGAGACUGUCAUUGCGCUUGGCUACCUCACUGGCGAGGAAUUUGACCGCUUUGUGCGUCCCGAAGAGAUGGUCGGUCCCAAGUAG